UUUAGGGAAGAAAGCUAAAUUAUAAUAUUUAGUAAUCAUUAAAGACACAGAAUGACAUUUUUGAAACUGCUUCUCUCCUAAAGGACCUUUGUUAAUUAAAAACAAGGCCACAUCUUAUCAGUCAACAUAAAUGGGAAAAAAUCAACAACUCUGGUCUGAUGCUGUAUUUCAAAGCUGACUUCGGUCAAAGAAAAGGUCAAAGGACAUUCUCUGAAGUAACCAGUCACCUGUAAUUAGCAUAUAUUAGAGGGUAAGACCCAUCUCAUCUCAAUCUGUGUGUUAUGAACUGUUGUUUUUAUGUUGAAAGGGAAUGAAUAGGCCCUUGUGAACUUAUCAGAAUCUAAUUGUUGCUCUCUGGCACAGAAAUGACGCAGUGUUCAACACACAGAUGGAGUCUUUGACUGUAAGACUUAAUCUGAUCCAUCUGGUCAGAAUGUGUAAUUAACUUUAGUACAGCCUUGAUGUGGGAGUGCAUAAAAAGCCCUACAUGCACUCUUAACCAACAGAAGACAGAGUUGGGGAAACCACAAAAAGAUGAAGUGCUUCCUGUUUUGUUUGCUGCUGUUGGUGCCAUUAGAAGUCAUGGGAGUACAAGGCCAAAUAAAAGCUCAAAGACGACAUGUGUUGAUCUUUCUAAAUGAGGCAUUUGGAGUAACUACUGAAAGAGCCACACCAGCCAAAGUCACAGCAAAGAGGAACCCUGAUAAACCACUAAGAUACCAAGACUCCAAUGAUUUGUCUGAGAUGCAAUCAGUGGAGAGUUUUGUCACAUCUGGAUAUCCAGGACCUGAUCAAAGUGGAAGUGAAAGCAAAGAAACAUCUAAAGACUACGACAGCUAUGAUGUUGUGGAUCUCAAAGCUGGAGCAGAUGUGCCAUCAAGGAGAAAAACACAAACAGGCACAAACAAAAUGCAGCAGCUGGAUAAGACCAGCAGGCAUGUUCAGGGUAGGAGCCAGGAGCAGAUCAUUGGUCUAGGCAAGCAACAGGGAAGCGGCGGACAGACUGAUCUGGACAGUGAAGAGGGAACAAUGGUGAGGUCUGGCCGAGUCACGCAAAGCACAAGUGUCCAAAUCCAGGGGGAGAGGGUGGAUGCAGAUAAAAGCACGGAGACAUCUUGGGAAAGUGCAGAGGUCAACAAUGGAAAACUGGCUGUGGUGCACAACAGUGAAGAAACCAGAGAAUACAUCAGGUCUGAAACUUAUCCCUUUGAUCCCAGUAGACUGUUUGCUCCAGUCAAGUCUAGACCAAGAGCUACUUCCUCUGACUGAGUCAGGAGCCACCAUGUAUUGACUCAUUCACAACAGACAGGAUGCUUCAAAAUACAGCAGGGAGUUUUUUUUAUACCUCCAAAUAGAAGCAUUGUGUCCAUUUUUUUAUAUUCUGAUCAUGUGAAGACAUAGAAGAAAAAUAAAAAUAUUUUGAAUGAAUCUUAUGUUGGAUGUAAAGCAAUAAUAGGCUGCUUGCAAUGAAAGCUGACGUAAGAAAAGUAUAAUCAAAUAAACAAAAUGAA